AUGGACAACGGCAGGGUUCCGACGCCGUCCUCAAUCGUGCAAGUUUGUGAUAGGUGCAGGUGGAAGAAGAUUAAAUGUGACGCUCCCAGACCUUGUUCGAAUUGCCGCAAUGCCAACUUCCCUUGCGAAUCAAGAGCUCGUCUGUCCAAGCAGUCAACACCGCGAUCAUAUGUUCAAUACCUCGAGGCACGCGUGAGACAACUUGAGCUAAGCCAGGAGAAUGAAUGGUCCCCAAGGGCCUCCUCAUCCCACUCUCCAUAUGGAGACAACGCCGUCAACAAGACUUCACAGUCUCCGGCCUCCAGCAACACAUUCAAGCCAAUUGGCGCACCCGAUUGGACUGUCCUCAAGGAGCUGGGGAUGCAUGUGGUUGACGAAGAUGGCUUCAGUCGAUAUAUGGGUCCUUCUUCAGGGGUCGGCUUUUCUGCCAUGGCACUGGAUGAGAUCUUAGGCAAGGACGCACCUUCAAACCCAGACUUCAAUGGCUUGUUCACCGUGGACGACUUCACAAGAGGCAAGGCACUUGAGCAGGCCGACUAUAUUCUUUGGGAACUCGUCCCAACUGACCUUCCUGACCGUGCUGAAGCCGACCGAAUCCUCAACUACUUCUUCCUCUUUACGGAACGGACGUUUCCCAUCUUACACCGACCCUCCUUCGAGAAUGUUGUCGACGAGCUAUACGCCCUAGAUCCAAUCACCACAGAGUCGUUCGAGCAACUGUCUCAAUUCUACUUCUGUCUGUCUGUAGGACAUUGCUUCGACAUGAGCAGAUCAAGAGAAGAUCGCAUCAGAGAUCAGAUCCGAAAUCUGGAAAUAGGAUGCAGAUGCCACUUCACAACGCUGCACACCAGAAGAGACGGCCUGACGAGGAUACAGACCUUGGCGCUGCAGGCUUAUGCUCUAAUCAUGCUUCGACAACGCAGCGAGGCUCUUCGAAUCAGCGCGAUGGCCAAUAUGAAGGCUCUCGAAUGCGGUUUGCAUCACGACGGUACACAGCAUAGCGGUAAUCCACUGGAGACCGAGAUGAGAAGACGAGUGUUCUGGUGUGUGUUCAUGCUACAUUUGUUUGGAGCCUCGUUUCUCGGCCUACCAAGAGCACUGCACGAAGCAGACAUAACGAUAUCCGAGCCGAGCGACAUUGAUGAUGAAUUUCUCACCUCUUCGAGAGUGCUGGGUGCAGUACCCGGGCGGACAAAGAUGCAUCGAUUUGUCAAUGUCUGCCGGUUGGUUCGGAUCUUAUCCAGGACCGUGGAUGUGCUGUAUACUCACAACAAGCGAAAACACGCCUCGACUCGCAUCGAGCAGAUGAACCGUCUUUGCUGCGAACACCUACUCGACCAGCUCGACUUCAGUUUUCAGGAAGUUCCUGACGAUCUGCCAGAAGCAGAUACGCAAGACCCGUUGCAGAUGGCAAUCCUCAUAUCUCACGCUAACGAACAGCUACUUUACCACUACAUACGUUGGUUGAUUCAUCGACCUGGCUUAGCAUUGGGUCGAUCAGAAGCCCAAUUCGCUUCAUGUUUGCAGACAUGCACGGAAGCCGCAUCUGCAAUGCUCGAACUACUGGACCUCUACGCCCCACUCCUCCCCUUCAUCAAAUCUUCCCCGGUUGCCCACCACAUGACCAUCUUCAUCGCCGCCCUCACACCACUCUACCGCACCCACCUCCUCCGCUGUCAGCCCAUGACCAUCCCCGCCCCAACCACCUUCGUGGAAGACGACAUGCGCGCCGCUCAGCACGGCAUCAACGCCAUCCGCAACGAACCAUACGACAAAAACGACCUCUUUCGCGGCGACCUCCUCGCAUCCAUGGUCGCCAAGGUCUUCGGUCAGCACGAGGCUGGCCACCAAGGUGAGUCCACCUCAUCAUCAGCGAAUGCUGUUUCCGGAGCGGCAGGGGUCAGCCGUCCCAAAUCCUUCUCAAUGCCGCACGCCUUGCUAUCGUCGAGAAAUCACAACUCACUCGCGCCUCCUCAAGUCAAAGUCCGGCCUCCGAGCAGCGACCGCUCGAUCCCCACGGAGGCUUCUAUCGCCGUGACCCCCUCUUCACAACAACAUCGUAGCAACAGCACAAAUAGCCACAACCACAAUCAAUUCAUGGGUCCGCCGCAAGGCACGCCGAUGGAUUGGUCCGAACAUCGCAUCGCGCAUCUGACAGCACAGGAGGAUUUGAGGGAUCUAGUGCAUGAAGUGUUCUCGCCGGCGAUGGAUCCUUGGACGGGCGUGGAGAGUAAUCAGUACCCUGGUUGA